AUGGCUUCUCCCUCGACACCGACUUCAGGCUCCAAGUCACCUUCAAACUCAGCACCAAACAAAAUUUGGUCCCUCCUCAAGAUGGGCAACACCCCAAGCAAAACCCACACCGACCUCCUCACCAAAGCUCACGAACUCGUUGCCCGGGUUCGAAGCCAAUACCCACUGUCCUACUUCCCCGGAAGCAUCGAACACAGCAAGCGUCUCGACACCCUGGAGGAGAUCCUCAAGGAGAAGAAGCCACCGAUCGACGUAGUGCAGGUGAUGUGUGAGCAACUGGCAGGACUGCUGGACUCGGAGGAUGCGAGCGAGACCUAUGAGAUUUGGGAGGCUAAGUGUCCUGAGUAUAGAGAGGCGAAAGUGAGAGAGGACAGUGAGAACUUUGGGGUACUCCUGAAGAGGCAGCGUGAGAAGGCGGGUCUGAAGACUGGAGGAUCUUGA